UAGUCCUGUUUCGGGUCCCAUUUCUGGCCGUCUUUGCUCAUGUUUUGUGUCAAUUUUCUGUGAUCCAUUGGUGCGCACUGCCUUCGAGCCAGGCUGUAUAAUCGAACACAGAUAACCAGUUGCUGUUGACGUGGUAACGGUGAAUACUGAUAUUAUAUAUUGUGGACACAUUCAGGUAUUCAUGCUUAAAACUUAGCGGAAAUCAGUGCCGUUGUAGCGAGCAGUCAUGCUGGACUUUGCCAUCUUUGCCGUUACGUUUGUCAUCAUCCUGGUGGGCGCUGUCCUCUAUCUGUACCCGUCAUCCAGGAGGGCCUCUGGUAUCCCAGGUCUCAACCCCACGGAUGAGAAGGAUGGAAACCUGCAGGAUAUUAUCAACAGAGGCAGUCUGCACGAGUUCCUCGUCAGCCUGCACGAAGAGUUUGGCUCCGUGGCGUCGUUCUGGUUCGGCGGGCGGCCCGUGGUGAGCUUGGGCUCUGUGAGCCAGCUCCGGCAACACAUCAACCCCAACCACACCACCGACUCCUUUGAGACGAUGCUGAAGUCGUUGCUGGGCUACCAGUCAGGGAUGGGAGGUGGUGCCAGCGAGUCCGUCAUGAGAAAGAAGGUGUAUGAAAGUGCCAGCAACAACACGCUGAAGAACAACUUCCCGCUUGUGCUCAAGCUGGUGGAGGAGCUGGUGAGAAAGUGGAGGUCAUUCCCGGAUGAUCAGCACACACCGCUGUGCGCCCACCUGCUGGGCCUGGCCAUGAAGACGGUCACCCAGCUGGCUCUGGGUGAGCGCUUCGGGGACGACGCUGAGGUCAUUGCCUUCCGCAAGAACCACGACGCGAUCUGGUCAGAAAUCGGAAAGGGCUACCUGGACGGCUCCCUGGAGAAGAGCUCCAGCAGAAAAGCGCACUACGAGAAGGCUCUGUCAGAGAUGGAGGCCGCGCUGCUGUCAGUGGCCAAGGAGAGGAAAGCCCAGAGGAAGCAGACGGUGUUUGUGGACGCUCUGCUGCAGUCCAGCUUCACAGAGCGACAGGUCAUGGAGGACUGCAUGGUGUUCACUUUGGCUGGAUGUGUCAUCACUGCAAACUUGUGUAUCUGGGCUCUUCACUUCCUGUCCAAUUCAGAGGAAGUCCAGGACAAGUUGUACCGGGAGCUGGAGGAAGUUUUGGGUUCUGAUCCGGUUUCCUUCGACAAGAUUCCUGAGCUCAGAUACUGCCAACAGGUCCUCAACGAGACGGUGAGGACUGCCAAGCUCACCCCCGUCGCGGCUCGGCUUCAGGAAGUGGAGGGCAAAGUCGACCAGCACGUCAUCCCCAAAGAGACUUUGGUGAUUUAUGCCUUAGGAGUGGUCCUGCAGGAUGACGAGACCUGGAGCAGCCCUUACAGGUUUGACCCAGAUCGAUUUGAGGACGAAUCGGCCAGGAAGACCUUCUGUCUGCUCGGCUUCUCUGGGAAUCAGACGUGUCCAGAGCUCAGGUUCGCCUACACCGUGGCCACGGUCCUGCUCAGCACGUUGGUGCGGCAGCUGAAGCUUCAACGGCUGAAGGGACAAAUAGCCGAGGUCCGAUCUGAGCUGGUGUCCACACCGAAGGACGAAACCUGGAUCACCGUCAGCAGAAGAGGCAGCUAAAAAACAAAGAGAGGAGAGAAACACUGUUAACAUCUUAAUGAAUGAAAUUACCAGCAGAGCAUUCCCUGUUAGAGAUCAUCAUAGUGUUACCAACAUAAUGACGGUAGUUUGGACUGAAACUCUUCACUUCUAGGAUUUUUCUCCCCCCCGCUGCUUCCCAGGGUCGCCUCUGGUUCUUUCUGCUGCACACCAGUCGGAGGCCUUAAGCACACUCUUGGCUUUUCCUGUUCGCAGGUUCACUUUGUACUUGUUGAAAGCCUCCUGUCUCUCUCUGUGAUGUCAAGAAAAAAUGACUUGUGCUGCUAAAACAGCCGGCUAGAGUCAGGUUUCCCCGAUGUCAGGGGGCUUUUGUUUGUGAAAAUGAGCCAAACUGCAUUCACAUUUCUUUCCUUUUUUAACAUCCUGUGUAUUAAAAAUGG